AUGGAUCGGGAAGACUCCCCAAGGAGAGGACCUCCAAAGGUGGCUAGAUAUUUUUCUAAUGGGAAUUUUCUCUUUGCUGAAUUGGGCUCUAACCCAAGUUUUAUUUGGCGAAGUGUUUGGGAAGCUAAAAGUUUGCUUAGUUCGGGUGCAAGAAGAACUAUUGGGGAUGGUAAGUCAACUGCUAUUCUUGGUGUGCCGUGGCUUCCUGGGUUAGAAAAUCAGUGUAUUACAACUGACCAUCCAAGUCUUGUUGGUAGAAAGGUUGACUGCCUUAUGAAGUUAUGUGAAAAUCCUUGUAGUGACUGCUGGUGCUGGUCUAAAGAAGUUUCAGGGGAGUAUCCGGUUCGAAGUGCAUAUAAGUUGCUGCAGCAACUAAAUGGAAGUUGGCCGACUGCUGGUGCAGAAAAACAGUGGCAGCAGCUUUGGAGAUUGAAUGUUCCUGCUAAAGUUCAGCAUAUGGUUCUCCUUGGAGCUGCUCUUAAUGUGGAUUUAACAUGUCCCCUUUGUCAUGUUGAUGUUGAAACUAUUUCCCAUAUUCUUACUCAAUGUGACUUUGCUAAGUCUUGUUGGAAUAUUUCUGCAAUCGACUUUACUGGUGGGGGGAUCUCUGAUUUUGCAAGUUGGUUUGGUGAUGCUCUGCUGAAUAAAAAAACUAAGAUUGUGGAAGAGAUGGCCAUGAUUGCUUGGCGUAUUUGUUGGAAAAGUGCUCAAGCUCAAAAGGCAGCUCCUUUACUUAAUGUAAAUUAUGGUAAUGGAAGAGAGCAUUGGAUGAAACCUAUGAAUCAUAAGUUCAAGAUAAAUGUUGAUGGAGCCAUUUUUGAAGCUGAAAAUAGUUUUGGUGUUGGUUAUGUUGUUCGAGACCUGUCGGCAAUGCUUGUAGAGGCUGGUUCUAUAAGCAAAUUUGGUGUGGUUGCUCCUGAAAUCGCUGAAGCAAUUGGAGUGAAGGAGGCUUUGAGUUGGAUAAAAAAACAACAUUUAGAUGAUGUGGAAAUAGAGACAGAUUCAUAA